AUGAUAAACAUAACAAAACCAGCACACAAAUAUGUUGAGAUCCAAGUUAAAUCUUCUCAACACGUAGAAGAACCCUGGGAAAAUUUUAAGACCCAAUCAAAUUUAGGAAAAAAUAUGUUUAAAGGCACAAACUCCAUCACUAGUGGGUCGACUUUUCAACAUUUCGCCGUGAUAAAUUUCCAUUGCCUUUCAUGGCCCGGGUUUACAUUUGUUGAUGUUUUAAGCUUCGAAAAUUUUCCAGACACCGAGUUAAACUCGCACGAUUCUUCAAAAUUAAAUAAACAUUUAGAUUUCGAGCUUUUAGAACGAGUUCUCGACCCUUUUUUGAACCAGUUUGCUGUUAACAUAAAAGUGAAAAUAGCGAAGGCGAGUGGGAAACCUGAUACUUAUCAAGGAAAAGCAAUAGAAUUUUGA